UAAUUUUUCAUUUUCAGGUGCACAAUUUUUAGCCUAAAACGGCUGGAACAUUGCAUGGAGACAAGGGUUAAAUCACACAGUUUCCAUAUAUAUACAGAGAGAGGGCCUGCACGUCAAUAGAGAAUGACGACCAGUACAGCUCACAUCUACAAGUACCUGAGUCUGCCUGACAGUCUACUGCAGCAGCUGGACCAGCAGCGCAGGGAUGACCUGCUGUGUGACAUCACACUCAAGACAGCAGGACAGGAGUGGAGAGCUCACAAGUGUGUGCUGUCUGCACACUCAGGGUACUUCAAGUCUGUGUUCGCUGCUUAUGAUGCCACAGAGGUCCAACUGGACCCUGUGACAGAGAAAGGCUUCAGUGCUCUUCUGGACUACAUGUACACAGCCAAGCUGGUGCUGACCAAGGAGACAGCCCAGGACAUCUUGGUAGCAGCAGGGUUUCUGGAGAUUGUCAAUGUGCUGUCUGACUGUUCCACCUACCUGAGUGGACCAGAGGAACAGCCUGUGGACAACCAACCAAACACUGCUGGUCAGAAAGAAACCACAGAACCAGGAGGAUCUGCCCCUCCCACCCAACCACAGCCAGUCAAGCGGGGUAGAGGCAGGCCGAAGGGCUCAAAGGGACGUCCUAAACAGACGGCCAUGUUGUCUGAUGAUGAUGAUGAUGAUGUGGACCUGAGCAAGCUUGUUCUGCAGGGGGACGGACCGUACACCUGCGACAUCUGCCAGGCUCAGUUCACCCGCAGGUCCAAGAUCCUGGCCCACAGAAGGAGACAUGCGGUGGAGAAGCUGUUCACGUGUGACAUCUGUGAUGAGACCUUCUCCAAGAAAGGCCCUUACCUGAGCCACAGGAGGACACACGGCACUAACCUCACCUGUAGAAAAUGUAGCGCUGACUUCAGCGAUGAGAAGAGCCUAGAAGAACAUAUGAAAGAACACACGGAGGAGGACAAGUUUCUGUGUGUGGAGUGUGAUAGACCCUUCCUGUCACGCAGCUCUCUCAUUCAACACAAGCGGAGACACACUGGUGAGAAACCCUUCACCUGUAAGGACUGUUCCAAGAGUUUUGCCCAGAAGACGACGCUGAUUCGCCACUGUCGCAGCCACACAGGCGAGAAGCCGUUUGCCUGCGACCUCUGUCAAAAGAGGUUUUCAGAAAAGGGUAACAUGUUAACUCAUCGCAGGAUACACACCGGGGAGAAACCAUUCAAGUGUGAGGUGUGCGAGACCCGGUUUGGAAAGUUGUCUACGCUGAUCCAACACCGCAGACAGCACACGCACAAGGGGGAGAAACCUUUCACCUGUGAGAUCUGCAACGCUGCGUACACCCAGAAGAGCCACCUGGUGUCACAUCAGAAGUUAAAACACAUGGGGCAGGCUCGCUUCUCCUGCUCAUUCUGCUCAGCACAGUUUGACAACAAGUUUCACUUCACGCGGCACCAGAGAACCCACACAGGCGAGCGCCCGUUUCAGUGUGACACGUGUCAUUCUAGAUUUGCCCUGAAAGCUAACCUGCAGAGGCACAAAACAUUACACAGUAAAGAGAAGCAGGGGAGGGGGCGUUCUGCAAAGCAACAAGACGCAGGUGCAGCAGGUGCUGAUCAGCCUGUUCAGGUGCAGCUGCAGCUGCCACAGGGUGUUUCAGCUGCAAGCCACAUCCAGGCACUGGUGUCCCAGAGUGGGGAGACCAUUCCCAUCAGAGUUACGGACAUUUCUCCGGAGAUAUCUCCAGUCUCACACGCGUCACAGAUACAAGACAUCCAGCCCAGCUCUACCACUCAAACAGUACAGAUUGUAGAUCUGCAAGCCAACCCUCAAAAUGCAACCCAAGCACUACUGCAACUGUGUAGCAUUGAUCAUGACUACCCUCAGUAGAAGCUUGUUUCAUGUACAUGUACAUGUGUGUGUGUAACAGACAUACAAAAUAUACUGACAUCAGGGGUGCAAGAGUAUACAGUGCA